UUUAAAGCGGACGGACCAAACAAAUGCUGAGCGCUUGAAAACUACCUCGUCGGGAGCAGAACGUUAACCAAACUGUUAAACUUCUCCUUCAAAUUAACCAUGAAAUUCCGGGGGAAAAUCAUAGACAUCGCCUGUCUGAACCACUUCACCCGUGUCAUCACCACCAUUUCAAAGCUGACAAAGAUGUGCGUCCUGCGGCUUACUCCAGAUAAUCUGUUCUUCGUUCUGUCUGGGAAAGUGACCAACGGGGGAGUCAGCAUGUGGUGUGAGCUGUCACAGGAAAACUUCUUCGAUGAGUACCAGAUGGAAGGUGUGUCCUCUGAGGACAAUGAGAUUUGUUUGGAGGUGACUCCAGAGAACCUGUCCAGAGCCCUGAAGACAGUCCAGUGCGCCAAGUCUGUCAAAGUCAAACUGACCAAGAAGCACUGCCCAUGCCUCACUGUUGCUGCCGAGCUGCCGACCUUGUCCAGCAUCAGCCGAGUCGUCACUCACGACGUCCCGGUUGACGUCAUCCCUCGCCGACUCUGGCACGAAUUCAAAGAACCAGACAUGCCAGACUUCGAUGUGAGUAUCUACCUGCCUCCUCUGAAGACCAUGAAGAAUGUUGUGGACAGGAUGAAGAACCUCUCCAACUUCCUGGUAAUCGAGGCCAACCUGAACGGAGAGAUGAACCUGAAGAUCGAGACGGACCUUGUUUCUGUCACCACUCACUUUAAAGACCUGGGAAACCCUCCGUGGGGUGAUGAUGUCUCUCAGGACGGAGGUCCGUCUCAGAGCAGGGACCCAGAGAUCAUGGCGGAGGCCAGGGUGGACAUCAGGAAGCUGCAGCAGUUCCUCAUGGGCCAGCAGGUCAACCCCAGCAAGGCCAUGUGCAACAUCGUCCAUCAGACAGUCGUCCACCUGAUUCUGCUGCAUGAAGAUGUGUCGCUGCAGUAUUUCAUCCCGGCCGUGGCGUAGACCUCCUGCUCUCUGUCAGUUUGAGGAAAAAGAAAAAGGUCCCGUGAAAAAGGUUUUCCAACGUGACAGAGGAACCUGCACACGGUCCACAUCUGGAGGUCUGUCCUGCAUUUUAUACAGGAUCAAAAGUUGACACCAGUCCUCAGACUGGACCUGAAGAAGACUUUAUAUUGCUGAGGACAAAUGGGAAAGAAUGGAGGAGACAUCUGGACUGCUGAGAUAAAUGCAGCACAUUGUUUGCUGUUUUUCUUUGUGUUGUAAAGAUUACUACUAAUAAUAAUACUUUAUUGGUA